UCUCUGCCGGGGAAGGCGGGUGGUCGGCGCAGCGCGUCUGGGCAUCCCGGGGCUCUGGCCGCCCGCGCCUCGCUGGGCAGCGGCCCCGGCUGACCACUAUGAGCGACUCAGCCGCUGCCGCCGCCGCCGAGCGCGCCUGCCCCCGGCGCUACCCCGAGCUCCCGGUGUGGGUGGUGGAGGACCACCAGGAGGUUCUGCCCUUUAUAUACCGGGCCAUCGGCUCAAAGCAUCUUCCCGCUAGUAAUAUCCGUUUCGUGCACUUUGAUUCCCAUCCAGACCUCCUCAUUCCUGUGAAUAUGCCCGCUGACACCGUGUUCGAUAAGGAAACGCUUUUUGGGGAGCUGAGCAUUGAGAACUGGAUCAUGCCCGCCGUGUACGCCGGCCACUUCUCUCAUGUCCUCUGGCUGCAUCCGCCCUGGGCUCAGCAGAUCGCCGAGGGCAGACACCACUUCCUAGUGGGCAAAGACACGUCCACCACCACCAUCAGGGUGACCAGUACAGAUCACUACUUCCUAAGCGAUGGCCUCUAUGUCACCGGAGACCAGCUGGAAAACCCGAAACCUUUCCAGUUGGACGUCAUUAUGGUAAAGCCAUGUCAGCUUGGUAACAGUCAGGAAGAACAUUCUGCCAAAAAGCCCAAGCUCGCGGCGGAAGGCGCCGGAAAUGCAACCUCUGCUGCAGAAGGACCGGGGGAGGAUGCAGUGGCCCCGAGGAGGGACCCUGCUGGCCCAGAGCCCCUCGAUCCUCCCUCGCCUGGCCUCCCGGAGGACCAGACCACAGCCAGCGCCAAGGAGAUGCUGGAGAUUCUGAAGUCAGGGCCCGAGUUUGUCUUGGAUAUUGACUUGGAUUUUUUUUCUGUCAAGAACCCCUUCAAGGAAAUGUACACUCAGGAGGAGUACAAAAUCUUACAGGAGCUCUACCAGUUUAAAAAGCCGGGGCCCGACGUGACGGAGGAGGAUUUGGUAGAUUGUGUGGAUACUCGGAUCCAUCAGUUAGAAGAUCUCGAAGCUACUUUUGCUGACUUGUGUGAUGGUGAUGAUGAAGAGACAGUCCGAAAAUGGGCCUCGAAUCCCGGCAUGGAAUCACUAGUUCCACUUGUACAGAGUUUGAAAAAGCGGAUGGAAGUACCAGACUAUGAAAUGGUUCACCAGGCGGGGCUGACCUGUGAUUAUUCAGAACUGCCUCACCACGUCAGCACCGAGCAAGAAAUUGAGCAUCUGGUUCAGUCUAUGUGUCGUUUGCUGCGGAGUUUACCCAAACCGACUCUGGUGACAAUUGCCCGGUCCAGUCUGGACGACUACUGCCCUGCUGAGCAAGUGGACGCCAUCCAAGAGAAAGUCCUGAGUGCUCUACGCUCCCUCUACGGGCCGCUGGACCUCCACCUGACCUACUCCGCGGACCCUCCCACGCCUUAGAGCAGGCCCGGGGCCGCCUUCGAGAGCGGGGUUUCGGCUGACUCUCCCCUACACGAGGCUUCCAGAGACCCCGGGCUCUGACACGGGCGUCCGUCUCGAGCCCCUCAGGGAACGCAGCUCUCCGGGGUCGCCCGUCUCCUCCUCGCUGCUGACACUGAACGUCAUUAUUGUCUCCGCCGUGACAGAGGCGUCUCCCCACCACCCCUGCUUUCCUCCUUCACCUCUACGUCUGUGGGACCGUUUGAAGCCCACCCGCUCGUCCUGCAGGCACCCAGUCACGCCAUCUGUCAAGCACUUCGUUAGGGCUGUGCCCGUCAUGAUGCAGGGUGCAGGAGCCGCGCCUGCCCUCGGAGGCAUGUCGGGCUGGAGGGCGAGUGUGUCUGGGCCGCGCUUCUCCUCCUCCUCGGAGCACCCCGGCCUUCCUAGGGGAAAGAAUUCAUUCUCCAAGGCUGCAACUGAAAAUCUCAGCGAACCUGGCGGUCCCUGAGACCGUGGCGGGGGUCACGGCCUUGGCUCUGCCCUGCUGCUGCCCGUUCCUCCGACCAGGAGGGUCUGUUGGAACAGACUCCACCAGAUCAUGACUUUCUUUGGUUAAGGAGAAAAGCAGGGGGGAAGGGUGUGUGUGUCUGUGUGUGUCUGUUUUCUGGUUUGUAUAUUGGUAUUUGCAUCCCAGAACCCGGGGUCUCCCCUGCUGUGCUUUGCCACUGUGUGUGUGUGUGUCUGUGUCUGUGUCUGUGUCUGUGUCUGUGUCUGUGUGUGUCUGUUUUCUGGUUUGUAUAUUGUAUUUGCAUCCCAGAACCCGGGGUCUCCCCUGCUGUGCUUUGCCACUGUGUGUGUGUGUGUGUGUGUGUGUGUGUGUGUGUGUGUCUGUGUCUGUGUCUGUGUGUCUGUUUUCUGGUUUGUAUAUUGUAUUUGCAUCCCAGAACCCGGGGGCUCCCCUGCUGUGCUUUGCCUCUGUGUGUGUGUGUAUGUGUGUGUGUGUGUGUGUGUGUCUGUUUGUCUGUUUUCUGGUUUGUAUAUUGGUAUUUGCAUCCCAGAACCGGGGUCUCCCCUGCUGUGCUUUGCCCCUGCCCCCCGGGGGUACUCGGGUGCUUUCCAGUGGCCGUUGUGGGCGCCCACCACCGUUACUGCAGCCUGGUCACUUUCCUUGCAGUAGACCAGCUCUGUGACUCAGAGCAGGGCCAAGAGUCCCAACUUUGGUUCUGAGCUGCCAUCAGCUCCCAGGGACCUACCUGCUUUCCUGUCUCUGAGUAACGGGCCCGCCUGCCCGUGUCUCUCUCAGGCAUGCAACUUUUCGUUCGUUCAGGCCACUCAUUUUUUUUGUUUUCGUUUUGGGGGCCACACCAGCAAUGCCCAGGGGUUAUUCCCGGCCCCGCCCUCAGGAAUUAGUCCUGGUGGGGCUGGGAGACCCUAUGGGAUGCCGGGAUUGGAUCCAGGUCAGCUACGAGCAAGGCAAGCACCCUGCACCGGUACUAUCUCGGCCCCCCCUUGUAGCACCCUUAUGUUCGGUAGCAGUCACUUAUGUUUACGAGACGUUUUUCCGCUAAAACCUGGAUGUGUUUGGGCUUUUUUUCCCCCCUUUGCUCUGAAAGGUAGCGUGUGGAGGGGUGUUCUCCCUUGGGUCCGUGUGCACCGGACCUGUGUCUUCGCUGCUUUCUCUCAUCUAGGAAAUCAGUUCCAAGCAGCCCCCCCCACGAAGCCUGGGGAAAGACUCGGCAUCGUGCACGUGCCCAAACCCAGCACCACGGGGUCCCUGCAGCGCUGCCAGGGCGAGCACAGGCCCCUGGGCCCUGGACGGUCAUCCUUAACCCCCAGGCCGGCUCUGCCAGGGGCUGGGGGUAGAGAGGGUUGGAGAGGACUGCCCGUUAAGGCCUUGCAUGCAGCCCGUGAGGGGGGACCCUGAGCACAGAGCCAGGAGCGAGCCUUGAGCACUGCCAGAUGUGCCCCAACCCCAGAGAAAAGUCAAGUAAGGUGAUACGUAAAGGGAGAAGCACUCGUCUCUCCUGAGUCCUAACACUGCACUUGUUUGCACUUUUGCACGUUACUUUCAGGACUUGGUUGUACAACUGGAGAUCGUCGCAUGCUGCUCAAAUGUAAAGAUGAUAAUAACGAUCAUCUUUUUUGUGUCAUUUUCCCCAGUCUGGGCGGCGGCGCUCUAGAGCGUGUUCCCCGAGGGCGCAGUACCGCUGCCUCACAGCAGGUGGCAGCAGAUCCCACUUUCCCUGAGACUUUCUCUCCCGGCUUUGCUGCUUCUCUGAGUCGUCCUCCCAAGGUCCACCCUGCUGGGGAGAGCAAGGCGGGCUCUUCCAGCUCUGCGUCUUGCCAGAAAGUCCGUGCCAUGGAGCUUAAUUUCUCUCUAGAACCAGAAUUGCACGACGGUGCUCUUUUCAAUGCUGCAUGUUUCUGUACAAACGGGGGUUGCUUCCGUGAGUGACUUGUGGGGCAGAAGAAAAAGGUGUUUGUUGAGGGUCGUUAGAAGUAAACCCAGACGCAGCA